GCUGCGCGUAAACAAACAUGGGAUGGAGUAAAAUUUAUUUAUUUUUCUAGUAUAAAGUGACUUAUUCGUUAGUUUAAAGUAGUGCUGGAGUGCAGUGGGCUACGGACAUUGUGUAUUACAUGGAGUUUUGUCUGACUUUGCCGUAUAAACAGUGAAAUUAGUGACUGAUUGUGCCGGAUUAUCUGUGCAAAUAUUACGACAAGUUAUUUACUGGACAUGCGAAAUAAUCAUAUAAACCGACGAUAUACUACAGACUGAUGAUUCGAAAUCUAUUUAGUGCUUGAACUGUUUAUUAUUUUUGGAAGUGAAUAUAUUUAUAACCUCAAUACUGACUCAGUGCCCGUAAUUAAAUCAUUCUGUGAACAUUCAACGCCAUCUAUUGUUUACAAUUGGAAGCUUCUUGCAAGACGAGAAGGCUGCUUUACACGGAGGAUUGUCAGGAAAAACAAGGGCCAUUUUAGUACCUUGAGUCGUCAACAGAAUGCGUUAUAUGUCACUUCAUUAACUAACUCCUGCAUGCUAACUAAGGAACUGUUUUGGUAAACAUUGAAAAUGAGUGUACCGAAUAAAUGCUCGGGCUGCCAAAGACAGCUGCACAAAAGGGAAUUCUUGCGAUGCAUGACUUGUAAAUCAACAUAUGACUUAGAAUGUGCAAAUGUCUCAUACAAGCUGUUUAAUAUAAUGAAAAAAAAAGACCAGUGGAGUUGCCCGGAAUGCAUGAGCAAAAAGCCUAAGACGGGUAAUAUAAACACACCAAUUCGUACAUCGGCUUCAAGUGGUAGCAUGGAGGACUCGGCCCCGUCACCCACACAAGAUAUGAAUAUUACACAUCGUAGGCAAAUCUCGAAACCAACACAUGAGACUUCAUUCUGUGAGCAGGACUGUUCGAGCCCAGAAACCUCUACUCAAAAUACGAAGCAGGAUGAUAUGGUCACAGAAUUAAAACAAUAUAUGAAUGGCCUGAUCUGCAGUCAGGUGGACAGCUUGCGUGCGGCGAUCACAGAGCUCACUGACACUAUUAGAACGCAAAACAGUCGUAUCGAGAAGCUGGAAGCCAGAGUGUAUGAAUUAGAAAACCGGUCAAAUGAGCACCCAAACAUUACGUCUUUCGAGAAAACAAUAGCUGGGCUUCAAGCGGAAAUUCAUGACCGAGACCAAGCCCUUUUAUUGAACGACGUGGAGAUUGCUGGCUGCCCAGAAACACCUAAUGAGAACUGCACCCACAUCGUAAUUACGCUCGCAAAGAAGAUCGGAGUCGACAUCGAUGAAAAAGACGUAGUAAGCGCGGAAAGGGCUGGCCCUCCGCGCCCCGCAGCACAGGGCGGCGGCCCGACCCGCCCUCGUCCCCUAGCCGUGCGCCUUACCCGCCGCGCCACCCGCGACGCUCUGCUUCGUGCUGCACGGGUACGGCGCAAUGUCACAACCGAGGGCCUGCCGGGGGCAAGUUCAGCGCACCUAUGCUACAUCAACGAGCGACUUACCAAACAUAACCGGCAGCUAUUUCAAAAAGCGCGGGAACGCUCGCGUGCCUGCAAAUUCAAAUAUGUUUGGACGCGAGAGGGCAACGUUUUUGUUCGCCAAGAAGAUGGGAAGCCACGCCACAGACUGCGGUCAGAAGAGGACCUAGAAAGGGUUUUUCCUUCAAUUUGAUGUUCGCGUUGUGUUCCGUUUUGUGGCUGACUCUUGAUUUGUUUAAUUCUUAUUUUUCAAAUUAUCUUUGUUUUUUCCAUUUAGUUGUUUAUAAAAAUUAUCUAUAUAGUGCACUGUUUAAGUUAGUAAUAUACACUUUUUCAUACUCACACACAAAACUACUUACACAUUUACACAAUUUACACACUUUUGGCGGAUUCGUCAACACUUUAAUUUGUAUAAAAUGUAUGCAAAUAGCUACCGAUUAUAAUGCAUGAUAAAAGAGUUAAAUGUUUGAGAGUGGGGCUACUUAAUGCAAGAUCACUGAACACGGGACAAGAUGAACUAAUAGUUACAAUUCUAAAAUACAAGUUAGACAUAUUAGCUAUAAAUGAAACCUGGAUCCGUGAUGGCGAAGAAGCGAUUGCGCCUGUCAUACCUAGGUACAAGUUUAUACAUAGAGCUCGUAGGGGUAGAACAGGCGGGGGGGUUGGUUUUUACGUAAGACAAGGAAUAAUAACUAAAGUGCGACAGCACCCUCAGUCCUUGUUAGAACAGUUAUGGCUUGAGGUUCGGCUGCCAGGAGGAACCCUGGCGCUGGGCACAGCCUACAGACCAGAAAGCAUUUGUGUUGGGGACGCCUUAGACUCUCUAAGUGAAUCUUUAAAUAUUAUGUCGCCGUGUGACUACAUCUGUAUAUUGAGUGACCUAAAUAUCAAUGUUAAUCGUCCAGAAUCCUCACAAACCAAAGAAUUACUCUCCUUUUGUAACCAACAUAACCUUGACCAACUAGUCAAUGAACCAACCAGGAUAACCGAUAGUACAGAAACCACCCUAGACGUAGUUCUUACCGAUGAUUCGACACGCUGCAAAAAUCUGAAAGUAGUACACAAUAACUGCCUAAGUGACCACGCAACUGUUAUGGUAGAUCUCGAUCUAAAGAAACCAAAAUUCAUUAAACAAGUAACAUAUCAACGAGUUUUACAUAAUAUAAUCCCAACCAUUUUUGAUAGGGACCUAGACUCUAUACCUUGGCAAUCUAUUAUGGAAGGAAAAACUGUCGAUGAGAUGGUCGCUAUUUUUAAUGACUAUAUAUUAGCUCUCUUUGACCUUCAUGCACCUAUACGGAAAAUAAUUAUUAAA